GGGGUUGGAGCGGGCGCGGGGGCGCGCGCCGGCCUGACGGACGGACGGACGGACAGACGGACGGAGCAGCCGAGGCGAGCGCGCAUCUCGGACACGCCUGGACGCAGCGCUCGCCCGGCGGUGGCGGCAACCACCGGCUCCGGUCCGGCGGCCGCGGCGCCCGCCCUCGCCUGCGCCCCAUGGGGUCACAGAGUCUGUAGGAGAGGCAGCGGCGAGGCUUCCCCAUGAACGACCGGAAGGAAGACAUGGAAAUCGCGUCCCACUACCGGCGCCUGCUGCGCGAGCUGGACGAGCAGAGGCAGCACGGCGUCCUGUGCGACGCGUGCGUGGUGGUCGAGGGCAAGGUCUUCAAGGCACACAGAAACGUGCUGCUGGGCAGCAGCCGCUACUUCAAGACGCUGUACUGCCAGGUGCAGAAGGCGUCCGACCAGGCCACGGUCACACACCUGGACAUCGUCACGGCCCAGGGCUUCAAGGCCAUCAUCGACUUCAUGUAUUCCGCCCACCUGGCCCUCACAAGCAGGAACGUCAUCGAGGUGAUGUCGGCGGCCAGCUUCCUGCAGAUGACGGACAUCGUGCAGGCGUGCCACGACUUCAUCAAGGCCGCGCUGGACAUCAGCAUCAAGCCGGACGCCCCGGACGAGCUGUCGGAGUUCGAGGUGGGCGCCCAACCUGGCAGCGGCACGGAUGCGCUCAUCUCCGCCGUCAUGGCCGGGAGGAGCAUCUCCCCAUGGCUGGCCCGGCACACGAGUCCCACCAACUCCUCAGGGGACUCGGCCAUCGCCAGCUGCCACGAAGGAGGAAGCGGGAAAGAGGACCAGGAGCCCAAGGCCGAUGGUGCCGACGACAUUUCCUCACAGUCGCUGUGGCCGGGCGACGUGGGCUACGGGUGUCUGCGCAUCAAGGAGGAGCAGGUGUCACCCCCGCACUACGGGGGCAGCGAGCUGCCUUCUGCCAGGGAUUCUGCGACCCAGAGCUCCUUCUCUGAACAGGCUGGAGGGGAUGGCUGGCAGCCCACGGGCCGGAGGAAGAAUCGGAAAAACAAAGAGACCGUCCGGCACAUCACGCAGCAGGUGGAGGACGACAGCCGGGCCGGUUCCCCGGUGCCAUCCUUCCUUCCAACAUCCGGGUGGCCAUUCAGCAGCCGCGACUCAAACGUGGACCUGACCAUCACUGAGGCUGGUGGCUCUGACAACCGAGGGGAGAGGGCUGACCUGUACGCCCACGUGGACGAGGGUCUCCUGGGCCCGCCCCUCACCCCUGAGAAGGACGACGUGCUGCAGCAGGCCACUGCGGUGGCCAGCCUGCGGGCGGCGCUCAUGAGUAAGAACAGCCUGCUGUCGCUCAAGGCAGAUGUGCUGGGGGAUGACAGCUCCCUGCUGCUGGAGUACCUGCCCAAAGGCGCACACGCCCUGUCCCUGAACGAGUUCACGGUGAUCAGGAAGAAGUUCAAGUGCCCGUACUGCAGCUUCUCGGCCAUGCACCAGUGCAUCCUGAAGCGGCACAUGCGCUCCCACACGGGUGAGCGGCCCUACCCCUGCGACAUCUGUGGGAAGAAGUUCACACGACGCGAGCACAUGAAGCGGCACACGCUGGUCCACAGCAAGGACAAGAAGUACGUGUGCAAACUGUGCAGCCGCGUGUUCAUGUCAGCCGCCAGCGUGGGCAUCAAGCACGGCUCCCGGCGCCAUGGCGUGUGUGCCGACUGUGCCGGCCAUGGCAUGGCCGGGCCGCUGGACACCGCUGGGGCCGACGGCUCCCCCGAGCUCUUCGCUGGCGAUGGGCCCUACCUAGAGGACCCUGACGACCCGCGAGGGGAGGGUGAGGAGGAGCUGGGCGAGGACGAGGAUGACGUGGGCCUGGCCCACGAGGAUGCACUGCUGGGGGACGAGAAGGACGACGAGGACUCGCCCCAGGGGCCCCGCAGCCCCUCUGGGGGGCCUGACAAGGACUUCACCUGGGUCUCCUAGGCCCCCUGGCUGGGGCUGCGCUGGGACAGUGCCUCUCCUCCACCUGUGCGUGCUUAGGGGCUGCACUCGCCUGGCGGGGCCAUGUGACCCCUCGCGGCCCCUCCUCCAGGUCUCCUUUGUUCCGCUCCUGCCCCCAAGACACACACAGAAACCAGCCUUGUGGUCUCAGAAGCAGGUGUGGCCCAGCACAUGGGGGGCUCUGGGACGGAACAUGAGGUUGGUGAGGUGCAGGGUGGGCUUGCGUGAAGGGAGAGCGUGUUCCCACUGUCUGGGAACAGCAGGCGUGUGUGAGCUGAGCAGCAAGGAGGCCCAUGGGGCCGACUUGGCCUCGGGACGCCUGCUGGCCCAGUGGCCAGAUCAGGGUCGGCGCUGCUCGGGUCCAAGAGAUGGGGGGAGUUCUUCGUACUCCCGUGCUGUGCAGGGCUCCAGCCCACCCUGUCCCCCCACGCCCCUCGCAGCAGCCUGCUCACUGCCCGGAGCCGUCUGUCCUCAUGGCUCUGCCGCCCGCUCGCAGAACCCAGGUCCUAUCCAGCGAGGCCCUGGGCUUUGGUGCUCCACACAAAACCGCUGCAGAAGCCCCGCCAGGCCGAGGGCUCCCAGGUGCUAUCUUCUGGUGGAGGCAGCAGCUGGAGACCUUGCUCCCCACUGCAGGCCCCCUCGGGUUCCCUUCAGGGGACCCCACUCUUAGUUCUGUGUGCACUUCCUUGGAGAGCCUGGGCUGGCCCUGUGCCUGGGCUCUGCCCAGCCUGUUGCCCAGGCCACGCCUGCUGUCCCUCCCCACCCUGCACGCUUCCUUUGUUGCUGCUGGCACUGGAGGCCGUGCUCCUGAUUGCGGGUCUUGCUCAGCCUCUGAGUGGGGAAGCGAACUUUCUAAGGAGUCAUGCAGAGGCAGUUACGUGGAAUUGUUGGGUUUGGCAUUAUUUUCCUCACUUGACAAAACACAGAGUUGUCUUUCCUUUGGCUUGUUGUCAAGUCCCCUUGCUGUCGGUCACACACGCUCAUGACCUGUCCUCUCUUUUCCCCUGUGGAGAGCAAAGGCCCACCUCGUGCACUGCCGGCCGCAGGACAGACGCCUGUCUGUCUUCCCUUUUCAGGCUGUGUCCGAUACCCCCUCGUUGCUGAGACCGUCCACCCUCCCAGCCACCUGGCUCCCACAAACCUGCAGCUCAUCCCACUGGAGGACUCACGGUGCCUGGCUGGAGACAGUGUUUUUAUUUUCUUCCAUAGACUCUAAACCAAAUGGCUUUCACACGUUUGCUAUUGUGUCCCAUCUAUUCCUUCUAGGUGGAAAACUCCACAAAACCUUGACGCAGGUUCCAGUGGUGGCGUGGGGCACUAGCCAUCUGGGCUGCUGCUGGGUGGCGGGGGGCCCAGGCUGGCCCGUGCCACUGCACACACAUGGUGCUGCCCUGGAAGUCCUGCCCCAGGGGACCGGGCUCAGCUCUUGUCUUAUUUAUUUCUCAGUAAAAUCAGCCGCUGUUUCUAUGAGUUCCAAGAGAGUGUUCCCAUUGGAGCUGUCACCUGGCUUGCCUGCCCCCCUUCCCUCCGCUGGGGACUCUCUGAGUUCCUGACACUGGUGUCCUUAAAAGAAAGGGCCAAGGUUUUCCCAAACGUGCUGGGGGCAGGAGCCGGGCAGGCGCUGAGCCCUCCACACUGCCAGCUCUUCCUGCCCUGUGGGCCAGGCCCACGCAGGAGCUGGACGUGCUCCCCUUUCCGCCUUUCACCAGGGAGGCCUGGCUGAGCGUCCCCCCCCCCCCCCCCGCUCCCGGGCUCUCAGAACUCUGUACCUCCCCCACUUUCUAACCCCUUUUCUAAACAGACCUACUUUCUUGUAAAAUGGAACCAGACCUUUGUUAUCAACAGGUGUCUCUGGGCUUUGCACCCAUCCCACCUCUCAGGCCGUCCUGCCCACGCCUGGGCCGCCUCUGCCUCUGCACUCAGGACGUCUUGCUCUUUCUGACCUGCUCACUCCUCGCUCUGGACAGCCCUUGCUCACCUUUCUGGGGGUUCACUGUCAGUGCCACAGGGGUGUUUUCUUCCUUAAAACCAAUACUGUACUGGAAGACUGAGGGCCCCCCGAGUUGCCCUGGUGUUCGCUGGGUGGCAGGUUCACAUUCCCGUGUGGUGUCCCCUCUCCGGAGGCAUGGAGGGAAAGGUGCGUCAUGAAGGGUUUUUUUAUGUGACUGAUCUUUUUUUUUUCAAAUCAAUGUUUAAACUAAUAAAUAUUUUUUUACGAAGAGGAAGUGUGUAGCUUACAUUUCACAUUUUGUACUUUUUCAUUUGUGUCCGUCUGUAUCUUGGUGUUUGCAACACCAAAGUGGGAAACAGUCCUGCGGGUGGUGAAUUCUUGGGGUGGGGUUGGGGCCGGGACCCGGACAACUUCUGCACCAAACUCGGAUCCCAACCAGGUUGUACAUUUGGACCCUGGGUUUUGGGAGUCACAACACUGCCAGGACUCAAUAGGGACCUUGGGACCUUGAUUCAAAAGACACAGCUACUGCUUCCAACUUUGCACAUCUUCCUUUAUAUAAAAGAAAACUCUGAGAAAAUGCAAAAACUGGAAUUUUUUGCAAUAUUAUGAAAGAUAAUCUUAUUUUCGCUCAUUCUGUGACAUGUGCAACUCUUAAAAAGCCAUAAUGGUUGUUUUUUUAUUUUUAGACCCUAUGUUGUGUUUCGUAUGCAGCCCUUUUAGAAAUACUUGUAGUGAGGGUGCUGUGUGUGUGCUUUUCUUAAAUAUUUAUUUUUUCAACAUGCUUUCAACCUGUCAAAAAGACAAAGGGCAGUGCUUGAAGAGUGUUGAUUUUUUUCUGGGGAUAAUCUAUAUUAUAUUGACUUUAUAUUAAUUAUUAUAAACCUGUGUUUGUAUUGGAGAUGUGUUUCUUAUCGGGGGGGAGGUUUCGUAAUGGGUCGGUGGAUGUCAGGGCUGUCGCCUGCUUCUCUGUAGCUACAGGACAGGUAAACAACCUUCUCUAGUGGUCUUGCAAUGUCUUUCUUGUCUGCCUGGGCUCCGGGCCUGCCUGCGGGUUUCCUUUCUGUGACGGGAUUAGCUUAGACAUUCUUGCAAAGCGAUCACUUUCAAUAAAUUGGGAAGUUGCUGCUUAAGCAGACGCCUCGUG